GCGAGGGAGAAUACGAGUAGAUUUAAUUUCCAGCUCUGCCACUGGCUUUCUAAGGGACUUAGCUAAGGUCACUUAAUGUCGCAGCUGAGCAGCGAGGAUAUUUUUCCUACCUCAAAAGGGGCGUGCUGGAGAGACACUCAGAGUAGGUGAUGAGCGCGGUUGCUCUGUGAGGCUGCCCUGGGCUGGAGGAGUCCCCCGAAUCCAGCCUGGGCGCUGGGGGCUCGGGGCGGAGCUGUCCCCGGUUCUGGGUGUAGAACAUCCUAGACUUACCCGGGCGUGCCUGGGGGCUGCACGCGGGGCUGACGGCGGCACAGGGCUACCUCUGACAAGGUAGGUGCGCAGCGCACGGGGCUGCUUGCGGCUGACCUGCGCCGGGUUGUUGGCCCCUGCCUUAGAGCCGGGGGCUGUGGGGAGGCCCUCUGCGUCAUUCCCGCUGUUGGGGGGCCGGGGCUGCCCUCCGCGAAGGGGCUGGGAGAGAAGUGGAGGGAGCCGAGGACCCGGUGCCUGCCCCCCGCGUGGUGCUGCCCCGCCCGACUGCAGGAGCCAGCCUCCUGCCUGGCUGCUCUCAGUCACGCCGGCUGCUGCUGGCCGGCUCCCUGCCGCUGGCGUGAGGCAGACGUGCCGGUGUCUUGGCUGGGCUGGGCUCCGGCCCCGCUCACACGGCUGCCGGCGGCGGCUCGUGCCUGGUGGCGCGCUGCUCUCCCUGCCGCCGAGCCCAUCCCCUGACGCUGACGGGGAGGGAGGAUUGAGAGGAGCAGCCGCCGCCUAAUGGCGACCCCCACUGAUUGUUUACCGUGGCUCCCGGGCGGGUUCAUGGUGACGGUCAGGGCUCUGCUCUUCUGGGCGCUGGUGUAUAGCUACUGCGCGAUCUGCGCCUGCAUAGAGCUGCUGAAACUUUUGUGGAGCAUAGGAAGGAGUCCAGGCAAGACCUUCCAGCGGAUCACCCGGGAGAAUCCUCCAGCCUGCCUCAGUGAUCCCUCCUUGGGCACCCACUGCUACGUGAGAAUUAAGGAUUCAGGGUUAAGAUUCCACUAUGUAGCUGCUGGAGAACGGGGUAAACCACUCAUGCUGCUGCUUCAUGGCUUUCCAGAGUUCUGGUAUUCUUGGCGCCAUCAAUUGCGAGAAUUUAAAAGUGAAUAUCGAGUUGUGGCACUGGAUUUGAGAGGUUAUGGAGAAACAGAUGCGCCUUCUCACCAGGAGAAUUACAAGUUAGAUUGCCUAAUUACAGAUAUAAAGGAUAUUUUGGAAUCUCUAGGGUACAAUAAGUGUAUGCUGAUUGGCCAUGACUGGGGUGGAAUGAUUGCUUGGUUAGUUGCUAUUUGUUAUCCGGAAAUGGUGACCAAGCUUAUUGUGGUUAAUUUCCCUCAUCCCUCUGUAUUUACAGAAUACAUUCUACGACAUCCUUCACAAUUGAUUAAAUCUGGUUACUACUUCUUUUUCCAAAUGCCUUGGUUUCCUGAAUUCAUGUUUACAGUAAAUGAUUUCAAGGUACUGAAAAACUUAUUUACCAGUCGGACAACUGGAAUUGGAAGGAAAGGCUGUCGAUUAACAGCAGAGGACAUUGAAGCUUACCUUUACGUCUUUUCUCAACCUGGAGCACUAACUGGACCCAUUAACCACUACAGAAAUAUUUUCAGUUGCCUACCUCUGCAGCACCAUGAGGUCACCAUGCCUACCUUGUUGUUAUGGGGAGAAAGAGAUGCAUUUAUGGAAGUUGAGAUGGCAGAAACUACUCGGAUUUAUGUUAAAAAUCAUUUCAGAUUAACUAUUUUGUCUGAAGCCAGUCACUGGCUCCAGCAGGAUCAACCUGACAUAGUUAACAAGUUGAUAUGGACCUUUCUAAAAGAAGAGACAAUAAGAAAAAGAGAGUGACUUUUUCUACAUGUUUUAAAGGUCUACAUAAAAGCUGUUACAUUUAAAAAACUAAUUAUUAGCAGGACCAUAUUUCCAGCCUACCUUCUAAUUUGGGCUCUGUUAGGGAAAAGUGUUUUCGAUGUAUUGUACAUAUUGACACCGAUGUUAUUACUAAAAGAAAAUAGUGUGAGAACAUAUAGUGUUAACAUUGGUUUUACCUGUAUUCUUGUAUUUUGCACAUAAAAACACCUGCCUUAAAAUGUAUGUGUUUGUACAGUAAGGAAAUCAUGGAAAGUUACUUGGUUCUGGUUUCUCACUUGCUUUACACUUGUAAUAUAUGGUGCCUUUCACAAAUGUAUAAUGAAAUAAUGGCGGUCUGCCAUAUGAAAAAGAAGUCAGGUAUCAGUUGGACUAUCAGUUUUCAUUCAACCAGUAGAUUUGUAUUGUGAAAUUACAGCUGUUUUAUGUGGUAUAUUUUCUUCUUAAUUGAAAAAUAGGGAUCUGUUCACACGUAACAUAUCUGGACAAGAAGAAUGGAAAAUGAAGAGCUAUAUAUUCAUGAUUUAUGUAUCAAAUCCACUUCUAUCUAAUAAAAUGUAAUUUAAAUUGUGCCCUCUAUCUGACUCUUUACAGAGAGAUUUGUUCCUAAAGCUGGAUAGCCAUUUUGAAAAGUGAUGUGUCCAUUAUUAUUGUGCAGCCUUGCUCAUGCUAUCAUUGUUGAAAUUUCUAGCAAAUAAAGCCAUUCAGCAUUCAUCCUUC